AUGAAGGAUCAUCAGCCCGCAAAGGACGCAUCCCAGGAGUACCGGCGGCGGUCUCUUCAGGAAGAGGAGCUCGGAACCAAUGUAGAAGAGGAACGCAGAGGGCUUCUGUCUGACGGUCCUAAGGACACCAGCGAUGAUUCAGACUUACCUAGACGAUUUUGGUCUCGGAAGGCAACGAUAAGCUGUGCUCUCGCUUUCAUUGUCUUAAUUCUGGGUUAUCUUUUUGGUCGACCUCUUAUAUGUCUGCUCCGGCCGUCGUCUCGUCCAAAGCCUGAUUUCAACCAUAGACUACUGCGGAGUAAUGGUACUCAUGACUUCAGAAAGACAGCGCUUAUUGUAUCUAUUGACGGUCUACGUGCCGAUUACCUUGACCGAGGAUUAACCCCACAUUUACUUAAUAUUAGCAAGAAGGGACUUCGCGCUAAGUCCAUGAAGCCUAUCUUCCCUACUUUGACAUUUCCAAACCACUGGGCUUUAAUGACUGGACUGUAUGCCGAAUCUCACGGAAUUGUUGCAAACAACUUCUGGGAUCCAGAUACAGGUUUGGAAUUCCAUUACAAUCGUGUCGAGUCGGCGUGGGUGUCUUCGUGGUGGUUGGGCGAACCGAUGUGGGAGACUACAGAACGCGCGGGUAUUAUUACGGCUAACCUUAUGUGGCCAGGACCGCCAACGACAACGUCGGGUGCAUCUUCAACAUACUUCAUACCGUGGAGGGAUCAAGUUCCACUACAAGAGAAAUUAGAUCAAAUCAUGACAUGGAUUGACCUUCCUCUCGAAGAGAGACCCCAGUUGAUAAUGGCAUAUGAACCGUCUCUGGACCAGGCGGGUCACUUGGCUGGUCCAGCAUCAGAAUUAGUCAAUAAAGUUCUCCACCAAGUAGAUGUCUUCGCUAGAGACUUGCACGACGGCCUCGAGGCGCGCAAUCUCACUGACAUUGUUGAUAUCGUGUUCGUGAGCGAUCACGGCAUGACAGACACUAGCAGCCCGGAAUUGAUCUACGUAGACGACAUAUUAGGUGACGGAUUCCAGGCGAUUGAACAUGAAGACGGCUGGCCAUCUAUGGGACUGCGUUUCUUCCCCAACUCCGACUCACAAUCCUACCUCAAUGUACUUUCCAAGGCAGCCAAGGCGAGCGGAGGGAAGUUUGACGUGUAUACCCAUGAUACGAUGCCCCGUCGUUGGCACUUCGCGCACAAUGACCGGAUUGCCCCCAUUUAUGUAGUUCCACAGAUGGGAUAUUGUCUCACGAAUAGAGUUGAGAAUGGCACCGGUAUGAGCAAGGGCAAUCACGGAUACGACAAUGACGAGCCAUCUAUGCACGCUAUGUUCGUCGCGCACGGCCCCUUCUCAGCCGCGGUCAAGGCAAUCGAGCAAUACAAUUCUAAGUCGCAUAUCCUCCCACGUUUUCUGUCACGACCCAAUAAAGGUUGGCAUUCCACAUCGGAUGACACCUACGUAAUGGAUACUUUCGAGAACGUAAACAUUUACAAUCUCAUGCUAAAGCUGCUCGGAAUAGAAGAGCAUGCAGCACCCACGAAUGGGACGAAGGGAUUCUGGGACCAAUAUUUCUAA